AUGGGGCGGCGAAAGAUCGAAAUGAAGAUGGUGACGGACAGGAGUUGCAGGCAAGUGACCUUCUCCAAGCGCCGGACCGGACUCUUCAAGAAAGCCAACGAGCUAGCCACCCUCUGCGCCGUCCAGAUCGUCAUCGUCGUCUUUUCCCCCGGCGGCAAGCCCUUCUCCUUCGGCAACCCCGGCGUCGAGCCCCUCGUCGACCGCUUCACUAAUCAUCGGGAUCAUCAGCUGCCGAGAGAUAAUUCCGGGCGCCGAAGCGAGAGGCUGGCCGAGGAACUAAACGGGAUCCAGAAGCGGAUCCAAGUGGAGAAGAACAGAGGCGACGCUCUUGAGAAGGCGCUGGCGGCUGCGGCCGACUGUUUGGACUUUCUAAUCCCGAGAGCUAUCGAGGAGAUGGGGAUAGAGGAGCUGGUGGAGAUGAGGAGGAGGCUGACGAAUCUCCGGGAACAAUUGGACGGCCGGGCUAUGGAGAUGGAGGCUUCUUCCACGCUGAUGCUUCUAUCCAAUAGAAGAUAA